CCAAUUUGGAACUUACGUUGCCGAGAAGAAACAUGAAUUUCACCUGCUUAGAAAAAGGACCGAGCGAUGCAGCAUUCAUUGCUCUAUCAUCAUGGUUCGCUUUGUCUGGUUUAGCAGCUGUAUUCGGUAAUACAGUUGUGUUAUGGCUCUUCUACAAAAGCAAGUCCCUACGAACAGUUUCGAACAGAUUUUUGGUCUCGUUGUCCGUUGCGGAUCUCUUGGUGGGAGCUGUUGUGGAGCCAAUCUUUUUAGUCGAAUAUCUCACUCCGUCAGUAGAUAAUCAGAACGUAAUACAUUUCUUCUGGAUUCACUCUACAGCUGCAACUACAUGGAAUUUGUGCUGCGUUUCUGUUGACAGGUUCGUUGCAAUUCGCUUUCCUUUAAGUUAUCAAGUGAUUCUAACAAAGAAAAGAUGUUGUGUAGUGAUAACCGUGAUCUGGGUAAUCUCUCUGUUCCUUCCUUUCACGAUAAUGUUUGUGAAAAAUGAAGCAACUGAUCAUCACGCAGAACUGUGGUUAUCAUUUGCAUUCAUUUUAUUUGUGUUUCCGAUUAUCGUGGUAUUUUUCUGCUACAUUUGUAUUUUCAAGACAGCCAAUAAACAAUACAAACGAGUAAAAAAAGACUAUCAACACGGGGAUGACAGCUCACGCCGGGCUUUAAACAAUUUCAAAGCUAUCAAAACAGUUGGACUUGUUUUGGGUGUUUUUAUCGUUACAUGGAUGCCAUCUUUAAUCUUGGCUCUUGUCACCUAUUAUUACCGUAAAACAGAGCAUGAACAAUGCGAAGAACAGGAAUUGCAUUCCAUGGCGUUGCCUUGGGCAGAAGCAGCGGCUUUUACUUCAUCAGCUAUCAACCCAUUGAUAUACUAUUUCAGAAAUGGCGAGUUUUGCCAAGCCUUCAGAAAUACCUUUAAUUUUGAUCGGUUGCACGGUGUUCACUAUAAAAAUGCACCAGACCCUGGAGCAAAGCAAGAGCAGACCCGGAUAGAUGGAGGUGUUGGAAUUCUUAGGAAAUUUCCAAGUAACGAGACACAGCCUUUAGCAGCUGUAACUAGAAAUGAAGACGUGUUGUGGUUGUCCUUUAAAAACGAGUCUUUGCGAACAACUUCCAAACGUUUUUUAUCCUCGUUGUCUGUAGCAGACUUGAUAGUUGGGCUUGUUGUAGGCCCUGUGUGGAUCGUUAUCAAACGUUGGAUUCAACCGCCAUUUAACACAGUUUUGCACGACUUCACAGACCUGUUGUGGAUUCAAGGUAAUUUGCUUACUUUCUUUCUUCUGCUAUCGCCAUCCACCAUGAAUGAUAGCGACCCACACGUUCAGCUCAGCAGUGCAGCGUCCAUCGUUUUAUCACUAUGGCUCUCAAUGUCUGGUUUUGCAGCUGUAACUGGAAAUGCAGUUGUGUUGUGGCUUUUCUUCAGAAAUGAGUCUUUACGAACAAUUUCCAACCUUUUUUUAGCCUCUUUAUCCGUAGCGGAUCUUUUGGUUGGGCUUGUGAUUGUUCCUGCCUGGAUCAUAUUCAUGUGGUGGUUAACAUUUCACAACCUUUUUAACGUCUUUUUAGAAUGCUUGUGGGUUCACACAACCGUCACCACCACUUUCAACAUUUGCUGUGUUUCAGUCGACCGGUUUAUUGCCAUUCGGUUUCCUUUCCGUUAUCAGGAUAUAGUAACCAAGAAAAGAUGUUGCACAGGGAUAAUUUUGGUGUGGUUAUUUUCACUGGGUCUUCCUUUCUCGACGUUGUCGGUAACUGAUGAGGAAAGUAUCAGUGUCUCAGUGCUGUGGAUUUCUGUUGCACUUAUAACAUUUGCUAUUCCAUUACUUGUAGUCUCAUGUUGCUAUAUUUGUAUUUUCAAAUCGGCAAAAAAGCAAUUUAAAAGAAUAUCAGGUAGAGAAAAUCCUACAACAUACAACGACAAUGUCAGAGUUCGUAGUAUGAAAAAUUUCAAAGCUAUCAAAACAAUCGGUUUUGUCUUGGGUGCUUGUAUUAUCGCAUGGACGCCCAGUUUUGUUGUUCUGUUUCUUGAUUGUUAUUACACUGUGAUAAGUGACUGGGAUAAAAGUUUGAGACUAUAUUAUGUUGUGUGGCCUUGGGUUGAGGCAAUCGCUUUUACUUCAUCAGCAGUCAAUCCAUUCAUAUAUUACUUUCGAAAUAAAGAGUUCCGCCCAGCUUUUCGCCGUACAUUUCGCUGGUUACCCAGAAGACGUAGCAAGAUAGGCACAAGAACAACCAGGUUGAAGUCAACUCGAGACCUAAUGACAGAAAUGGUUUGAGUUGUGGAGAUAUAGGAAAUGAAAAGAAAGAGUUCUGAAGACAUCUCAAAGGAAACAC